UAGGAGCCUAGCGGUAGGGUGUUUAAGAACAAAGACUCGAAACCAAAACCCGAAGCGAAUUUUUUAGAUCAAACGGGCCGUAGAAAAAGGUGGGGUUUUAUUCCCAGCUGAUCUAUUUAGCACGCGACGGGAGCAUCUCGCUCGAUUCGCACCUUCUGAAUCGCCCACCCCCGCGGCCGUGCAACUGGUGGCGGAGCUCGAAUUCGAAUUGGAUUUCCGGCUGCUCCGGUGGGGCUGGAACCUCCCCGUGGGGCGAGGUGAGGAGAGGCGGCGGCGGCGGUCGCGGGAGAGCUUGUCCUCGCACGCCACCAUUGGGCCGGGCGCCGGGCGGGGCGGAGCGGUGGGCGGCCGCUGGCCGCCGUUGUUGGAGGCAGCUCAGGCAGGUGAGUCGGCCGGAUUCCGCGGGUGUUCGUGGGGAUUUGGUUGGUUUCGUCGCGGUGGUUGCUUCGGUGGUUAGGGGCCGCUUAGUUGUGGUGAGCUGGGGGCUCUGGGGGUCUCCUGGUCGCCGCCCGCUCGCCCAGGGACUUCGAUCGGAUCCUCCUCGGGACUCGGAAAUGCGAGGCUUCUGCAGGAGUUGAGCUUGCCGCUUGCACGCCUCCCGAGGCGGAGUCCCUCGGUGUUCGUGCUGGGUGGGUUCGUGGGAUUCGGCCUUCGGGGGGCUUCUCAGCUGCUGAAAAGCUUGUUACGCUCCGUUGUGUGAUUCUUGGGGGGUUCAAUUUGUUCAGGUUCAUCCAAAUUUGAGCGCCUCUGAUUCGUGGACGAUUUGGGGGCGCGUUUAUGGCCGGCUAGAUCGGGAAUUUUUCAGCUGCUCUGGGUGUGAUGGCAGCUGAUUCCAGCAUGGGGUUUCACCAAGGGAUCACCGCCUCGCUGUACAACCACCACCACAUGCUGUCCUUCCAGUCCAGCAGCGACGUUGGCAUCGGCGGCGACGCUGCCAGUCGUGGUAUGGUCAUGGCCCCGAGGAGCGUCACUGGGAGCAGUAGCAACGCCGGGCUGUUCCUCUCCCCAAAUCCUGGCGUCAUCGGCAACGCGUCGGGGGUUGGCCCAUCAAGGAGCUCGUCGGGGGAUGUGUUCCGAGGUACGGGUUCGCCCAAGUACAAGUUUGUCACUGGUUCGCCUUCGGAUUGGACUGACCGUGAGCUGGACAUACUGAAGGAAGGGCUUGCGAGAUAUGCUCGUGAACCUAAUAUCAUGAGGUACAUUAAGAUAGCAGGUAUGCUGCCUAACAGGACCAUCAGGGAUGUUGCGUUGCGAUGCUGGUGGGGUACAGGUAAAGACAGAAGGAAGAAACCUGACGGAUUCUAUAUAGGCAAAAAAAUUAGAGACAUGAAGCCAACCCAGGAUAAAAUGGUUGCAUCAGUCCCAAUGGCUAAUUUUCAAAUGGCGCAUACAAACAGUGUAACCCCUUUUUCGAUAUCAAUGCAACAUCCAAAUCAACAAAGUCAGGUUCCCAAAGAAGCUGCUGUUGUUGACAGUGCAACCCAGCAUCUCCUGGAGGAAAAUAAUCAGUUGCUCAACCAGAUUGCUGCAAAUAUUGAAACAUGCAAGACAGUGGAGAACAUGGAUCUAUUUCUCCAGACGAGUAGCAACAUCAAAACGAUUUUAAGCAGAAUGAGUGAAACGCCUGGUAUCAUGAGUCAGAUGGCUUCAUUGCCGUUAUCUAUAAAUGAAGACCAUCUAUGCUCGCUUAUUCAACUGAACAGAAUGGUUGCAUCAUAUGGCGAACCAAGCAUGUCUCAUCAUACGAAGCAAGAGCCACGAAGCUAAUGUACCAUAUACUGAGGGGAAAAUGAGAUGAAACGAUGGCCGGAGCUUCCCCAAUUCUUUUAUGUGCUGCGAGGAAGCCUUGCAAGUUGUUAUACUGACCAAGCACCAAGGACAGUCAGUGCUUUCCAGAGUGUUUUUUGCAGUGAUCUGAUUGUUUCCAACCAGUCUGCCUGCCUGCCCAACAAUUCUUGAAGCUUUUGGAAGAAGUCUGCAGUUAUGGUACGAGAGCCUCAAGGUAUUUGCUGCUGUUUCUGUUGUAUGCACUAUCCGACAUAUAUACCCGAGUACCAGACACUUGGUCCGGGACUCGGCAAGUGACUGUAAAUAUCGGGACGGCUGGAGGCGUUCCAUGUUUUGUUUCUCUGAUUGCUCAUGAAUGUAUUUCUAUUUUUUGUCCCCUGAAAGGGCACUGCACUGCUGAUUGCUCCCAGUAUGUACAAUAGCCAUUGUACUAGAAUGGUAGGCGUAGACCGACUCCAUUUUCUGACGAAUUGGAUACUGGAACCCA